AUGCGACGACUGAUUCUACUUCUUCUGCUGCCCCUGGCACUCUGUGUCAAUGCAGCAAACACGACCAACUGUCGCUGCUUCCCUGGUGAUCCUUGUUGGCCCUUGCCGCAAGAGUGGACUGACUUCAACACCACGCUUGGUGGUAAGUUGAUCUCAACAGUUCCCCUCGGUAGCGUCUGUCACACCAAGGGCGAUUUCUCAGCCUACAAUGAGCACGCAUGCGCGAAUUUGAUCGCCGACUGGGAGUUUCCCGCCACCCACUACAGGACUUGUACCUCGCCAAUGGCUUCUUGGUUCUCCAAUUUCUCUUGUGACCCAUUCAUGCCACGAGAUUCUCCGUGUACCAUGACUGCAAUCCAACCUUAUGCGGUCAAUGUGAGUGGGGUGCAGGAUGUGCGAAAGACACUCCAAUUUGCCAAAGACCACAACAUCCGCCUAGUCAUUCGCAACACCGGUCAUGAUUACCUCGGAAAGUCGACUGCACCUGGCGGUCUUGCCUUGUGGAUGCACCAUUUGAAGGGUGCUCAAUAUUUGCACCAUACUUCGGAGUCGUACAGCGGUCUUGCGCUGCGACUUGGUGCUGGCAUCCAGGGCUUUGAAGGUAUGGCUGCUGCACAUGCGCAGAAUAAGGUCAUUCUGACUGGGAACUGUGAAAGUGUGGGAAUUGCAGGUGGCUAUAGCCAAGGUGGAGGCCACGGUCAACUCGCUUCUCGGUUCGGCCUGGGGGCGGAUCAGGUCCUCGAGUGGGAGGUCGUGACUGCCGCUGGACAACAUCUCAUCGUGUCACCCGAGAAAUACUCUGAUCUGUACUGGGCUUUAUCCGGGGGUGGUGGUGGCACCUUUGCUGUGGUCAUGAGUGUCACUGUUAAAGCACAUCCAGAAGUCAGCACGGCUUCGGCCACCCUCACAUUCAGCGGGGCUUGUGUCUCAACAGAAACAUUCUGGAAUAUCGUCCGCACUUUUGUCGUUGACAUUGCUCCACUGGUCGAUGCUGGAGCCGUGGCUAUAUGGGCAGUCAUUGGAAAAUCAUUCGGUUUGACACCUAUAUCUUGGCCUGCUGGUACUGUGGAUCAGCUGCACAACGGUCUGGCGUCCACCCUGACUCUGUUGGAUCAAAGCAAGAUCAAGUAUGCAUACAACAUCCAACAAUUUCCUACAUUUUGGGACAGCUACUGCGCCAUGAACCCGCACAGCAACAUCACAGAGGCUCAGGUUGGAGGUCGACUCAUACCACGUUCCGUUCUCGAGUCUGAUCCUGCCAGCCUCAUGAAAACUCUGAGGGGGAUUUCUGAAAUGGGCGUUGUGGUAUCAGGCGUUUCCCUCAAUGUUUCCCGCUCCCCAGUGCCUUACAAUGCCGUCAACCCAGCUUGGCGAGACGCUGCCAUUUCCAUCGUUCUUGGAACGGGAUUUAACUAUACCGAUCGUGAGGAGAAUGUCAGGUGCCAGUCAUUGCUGACUGACGUCCUCGUCCCUCGCCUGACUGCAAUCAGUCCUGACAGUGGCGCCUACCUCAACGAGGCGGAUUGGAACCAACCCGACUGGCAAUCAACAUUCUAUGGCAGUAACUACCCGGCUCUGGAGGAGAUCAAACAAAAGUUUGACCCAGAUGAAGUAUUUUACGCCCGCACUGCGGUCGGAAGCGAGACAUGGUCUGAGCAAAGCGAUGGCCGGCUGUGCCGAGUUUGA